GACCCAAUAGCGCGUGAUAUUUUUCUCUCGACAGGCUAUUACUCUUAAUUCCGCAGCCAAUCACGUUCCAAUAUCUCCCGAUAGGAUUAAAAAAACUUCAAUGACUCCGAAAAUGGAGAUAGAGUCAACUCCCAUGGAUUCUCUACGCCACCAACAUAUCUCAUAUGCACCUCAUCGCCUAUGUGAAAACUCACCAUCCCAAAGCCUUCUCCGCCUUGAAGAACCUCCGCUCCUUCGCGCUCUCAGCCAUGGAGAAAAUCGCCACCGGAAACGACAAAGACGGCUCCUCUGCCGCCGCCGACCUCCAGCCACCGUUCGAUCCGUCCGCGCCUGCGGUCCCGAUCUCGUACCCACUCCGGACACUGGAGGAAUUGGAGGCGCGCGCCUACUUCAAGUCGUUUCACUACCCGUUCAACCGGGCUGCGGUGGAGCCGCAGGCCGCCGCCGCCGCCGGCUUGCCCCGGAGACCUCGGAUCCUGGUUUGCCAUGACAUGGCUGGGGGGUAUGCGGACGACCGGUAUGUGCAGGGCGGGACUAAUACCGAUGCGUAUGCGAUUUGGCAUUGGUAUAUGAUUGAUGUUUUUGUGUACUUCUCGCAUAGUUUGGUGACCCUGCCGCCGCCUUGCUGGGUUAAUACUGCUCAUAGGCAUGGUGUGAAGGUAUUGGGAACCUUCAUCAUGGAGUGGGAUGAAGGGAAAAAACUUGCUGAUAAGCUGCUAUUGACAAAGGAUUCUGCUCAAAUGUAUGCUGAGCGAUUGACAGAACUGGCUGUGGUUCUAGGCUUUGAUGGUUGGCUGAUCAAUAUGGAAGUUACUCUGGAUCCUGAACAAAUACCAAGUCUGGAAGAAUUUGUCAGCCACUUGAGCAAGACCAUGCACUCUUCGCUACCUGGGUAUGACAGUGUUACUCGUGAUGGUGAUCUUAGCUGGCAGAAUCAAUUAAAUGACAAGAACAAGCCAUUCUUUGACUUGUGUGAUGGAAUUUUUGUGAACUAUACAUGGGAGGAAAAUUUUCCCAAGCUAUCAGCUGAUGUUGCUGGUGACAGAAAGUUCGACGUCUACAUGGGCAUUGAUGUCUUUGGAAGGAACACUUAUGGUGGCGGUCAAUGGACUACUAAUGUGGCCCUUGACGUGAUAAAGAAAAGUGAUGUUUCAGCUGCCAUAUUUGCACCUGGAUGGGUCUAUGAGACUAAGCAGCCACCUGACUUUCGAACUGCUCAAAAUCGAUGGUGGGGACUUGUUGAAGAAUCAUGGGGAACUGUUCAAAACUACCCCAAAGUACUUCCAUUCUACUCGAAUUUUGAUCAGGGUCAUGGUUACCACAUAUAUAUUGAUGGAAAGCAAGUUUCAGACACUCCGUGGAACAACAUUUCUUCCCAAAGCUUUCAGCCUUUUAUCGAAUAUACUGGAGACUCUACUACUCACCCAAUCAAAGUGUCAGUUAACUUCAAGGAAGCAUCUUACAGUGGAGGAGGAAACAUCACAUUUGCAGGAACUCUUGGUGUUGGUACUGAAUUUACAGCAAGACUCUUUAAGGGAGAUCUUCUUCUCAGAAAUUCUCAAGUUAACUUUACAUAUUCAGUUAAAGUAAGUGGGAACUCCCAAUUAGGUCUUGUCCUUGAGUUUUAUUCUGCUUCGCAAGAGAAAAAGUCGAUAUUUCUUGCUGCCUCGGGAAAUACCUUGCUAACCAUGAACCAAUUCUCGAGUCGUUUUACUAAUGUAAUAAUGCCACGUCGAGUGACCAAGCUGAAAGGAGAAGGAGAACCUUCAUGGGUUAUACAGGAAAGCAGCAUCAACAUGCGCGGACAUGUAUUAAAAGAAAUCCGAGCCUUUUGCUACAAAUCAAUGCACGAACAAUCUUUAUCCGGUGAACCUUCAGAUUACUCUGCAGUUCUUGGAGAUGUUAAGAUUACCAGUGGAGAACAACAUUCAGAAUUCCCGGCAUCUAAUUCAUGGCUCGUUGAUGGUGAAUACAUCAAUUGGACUCCGAGUUCUCAAGGGUUUAGAAAACUUAGUGUCAAAAUCAUUUGGCGACUAAACGUUGGUAGUGAAGAUCUUUUUCCCAAGUACAAUGUUUAUGUCGAUAAAACCACAGGUUCAGCUGUAGAGUUUCUUGGUGUGGCGUUUGUGAAAUCGUUCUAUGCUUAUGGCGUGGAAGUUCCAGAAGGGACUUCUAGCGUGAAAUUCAUUGUCCAAGCAUGCGGUUUUGAUGGGGCUGGCCAAAAGCUUGAAGAUUGUCCCUUUUUACUACUUAAAGUCGAGGAGGGUUCGUAAAUUUCGUCUGAGUCUUGUUAUUCGAUCAUAUAUUUGUUGAUUGCAUUAUGAGAAGAAUGUGAACCAUAAUGUAUGUUCUUGUCGAUUGACAUGAAAUCAGAUAGUAUUAUGAGAAGAAUGUGGGCCAUAAAUUUAGUGCUAUUAAGUUAAACGAUUCUGGGUCGAGUUCGGCUUAGCUCUUGAGAACCCUAAGCUCGAGCUUGGCUUGGCUCGUUUACCGGCCUAGUUGGACAUGAAAUCAGAUAGUAUUGGGAGCUGGACACUUGAUGAAUCAAUAAAAAGUUGGAAGCAUUUUCCUGAAAUACAAGUACAUGUUGGCCAUGAAUUUGUUGACUUCACAAUAUUUCUCUAUACGUUCUUUAGAAUGGAGUUAUAUUCUUCAU